AUGGGGCGUCACUCCAACAAGCGACAGAAGCGAGCAAUGAACCCAAUGGCGGGAAUGAAUCCCAUGGCCAUGAUGAUGAAUCCCAUGGCUGCCAGCAUGAUGAUGAACUCCAUGGCUGCCAACGGGGAUCAGGAGAGCAGUGAUUCGGAAUCAGAAGCUCCUCCUCCGAAGGCGCUGCCUGUGGCUGCCCCUCAGGUGGCUGCACCACCUUUGCAGGCGCCAGCGCCACCACAGCCAGGACAGGGGAACAUGGGCCCAGUGGAGGAUAAUGAGUUGGAUCAAAUAGUCACUAGGAGCGCGUCGUUGUUGAAGAACAUUCCUCGUCGGUGGCUCUCGGAGAUUUGUGAGCGGUUGGAUGCCGCUUUCGAUGCCACGCUGACAGCCAACCUGUCCGUGACGGGCUUGCUUGCUUGCAUCUACUUGUUCACUCGAAUGCGGCCAUGUGUUCAAAUGUCGGUGCUUCGAGCUCGCACUUACAGGGAGCUCAUCAACAAGUUGAAGACCUCUUGUACAAGGGUGGUGAAUUCCAUGGGUGGCAAGGAGGAGUUCACUCGGAAGAUCCAAAGCAGGUUGUCCCUUGUCUUGACAGACUACGAAGUGGUUGGCCUAGCUCAGGAGUAUGGGUGGACUGAUGACUGGAUGGCGGUGACUGCAAGGAAAGCCAAGGCAAAGGCUCCAGCAAGCCACAGCAUCACUGACGCCAUGGCAAAGGCCGCCAUGGUGGGCCCUCCUCCAGGGCCUCCACCGGUGCCAGCUCAACAGAGUGGUGAAGUGGCUGGGUCUGCUGCGACUGUUGCGACUUUGCAGCCACCUCCAAAACCGAAGGGACCUCCUCCCGUCUUUGUUGCAGAGGCUCCAGCUCCAAAGACUCCCAUGCCCAAGGCAUGCAUGCCGAAGACUUCAGCUUUGCCCCCAGUGCCACUACUGAACCCUGCUGCUCCAACACCUCAAUGGAGCAUGGCAGGCUUGUUGGCGACCGCUGCGUCCAAGAGCUCAAGUGUUGUCGUACCACCGCCACCUGCUUCUCCUGAGCCUGAGCCUGAACAUGAUGCAGGAAAUGAUGAUGAUCACCGCUCAGGUACUACUUUGGUCCUGGGAUGCAGUGAGGAUGGACAAGGAAGCCGUGACACUCCAGUGGGCCCCAAUCGAGAUGGAGAUGAGACAGGACGCGCUGUGGAGUACCCCUGGUGUGUGAUUUGCCAGGAGCCAAUGAAGGUCCCUUCCCAAAAUGCAGUUAUUCCGUGCGGGCAUGUGUUCCAUGCUCAGUGCGUCCAGCAUUGGAAGGAAGUGGCAAACAUCAGUGCAGCCAAUGCCUGUCCCUUGAGAUGCCACCAACGUGCUGGCCGUGGAUGGUCAGAUGUGUUUGCUUCCAUGGCCCCUUCCUCAACGACGAUGCACAAUGGGUCAGGCAGUGCAUCGUCAACGAUGGCAGAGGCGCCUUCUACCAAUCAUGGACAAGAUGGUGAUGAUGAUGUGGUUGUCCAGGAGGACAGCGACGGUUGGGCCAUGGAGGAUGAGGAUGAAAGCAAUGCAGAAGAGGCAUCUGAGCAGUUUCUUUGA